ACGGACCGCGACGCGAGCAGGUGCGGCCGCACGUACUGUGCGCUGUUACGUGAGGCUCCGCCGCGCCUUGCUGUGACCUCGGCAGCCGUCCCGUGUCUGCUUUGCUCUGCUGUGCUGCUGCUGCUGCGCGCGUGAACAGCCCACCCAGUCCGUUUUAAGCGUUCCCUGUCGUCGGCUCCCUCUCCGAAACACUCAGGUGCAGCGCCGGUACAGAGACACGCACACACCCAGCCGCACGCUGCGAAUGCUAACUCAACUUGUUAGUCCCAAUUGUCCCUCGGCGCUGUGCAAGACGCCGCUGUUUGGCUAGAAAUAGCGACUGACGUGUGUGCGCUCGCACCAGUUGGCGUGCCAACUGUUGCGCUGUCCUCGUAACCCACCCAGUGAAUGGUGUGCUGCGAUUUUGUUAAGUGCACUGCGGCGCCAGGUGCGGAAGAAGAGAAAUAGUCACCUUACAACGAAAACAUAGUGUUUUGAACGAGUGGUGUUGAAAUCCGUGAAACCGUUUCGUACUAAUCUGGCGGCUCAACUGGAAGAAUAUCAGUGCAAACGAACUGACGCAUCCGUAUGAGGGACAGCUGUUUGUCAGACGCCGGCGAAGAGCGAGACGGGAUUACACAGCUGAGCGUGCAACAGACUGCCCCUAUGCACCGUGAAUGGCAGCGCUUGUUCAGAAGCCAGGGCUGCCGCGUACCAGUUUUCUCGCUACUGGGCGGAGGAAGAUGAGGCUUUAGCUGUCAGAAUGCCAACCUAGUCCACACUGGUAGCUUAACUGUCUGUCCAGCUUGUGACACAUAUUCUGUGUUCCGUUCUGUGUUCGGCGGUGCUGCAGGCAUCAGAGAUUUGCUGCGGUCGCAUAUGAGAAAAGUGCCGUUAUUAGCAAUGCUUGUGACUGAAAAACCAGCAGCUUUACCUCAGCACCUCGUGGCUCUUGCGUGAGUUAUUUUUUAGUUGUCUUCACUACGCUGAAAUAAAAGGUGAAUCAUUAAUGUCCAGGAAGUGACGCUGUUUUACUUAGUGCCGAAGGACGUCUGGCUGUGGCUCGUUAAGAGUAAAUUACUGGUCGUGAGAGAUAGGAGAGAGGUGCGAAGGCUACGUAAGAACAGUUUCUGUAAUUGAAAAGCGUCGAGAAGGGCGCUCAAGAUUCUGCUGUCGCAAUUUGCCUCGGAUGCUCUGAAUGGUAGAUGUAAAUUUGCCAAAUGGGCCUUAAUGUGAGUGACGUGUGACUCGGCGACCUUCCAGAGCCGCCCACACGACUGGCCGUAGCCUGUAUUAGGAAGGCGAGCCUUUUGCGGAGAACUGCGGGCGGAAGUGGGAGGGGGAGGCAGGCCUCCAAAGGCGGCGGCCCGUAGCCUGCAGUGCGGCGCUCUCACCGGCAGCUGCGCGCGUUGUGAGCGACUGGUGCUCCGAGGUUAAAUAUACGCCGAGUGCUACUGAACGUCCGGACACCUGUUGAACGCCGGGGCUAUUCGAGAGUGACUGCACGUGCGACGCAGCGACUGAAGCGGUGGAUAUCGAAUGAGGAUUGCGCGGUAGAUAAACGUGCCCGUGUGCGUACGUGAGAGUGUGCGCGAUGUCGCUGUACCGGUUCGUGCGCGGCGGCCGCCUGUUCGUGGAGGCGACUCGCGAAGGUGGCGACCGCGACGACGUGGCGGCCGGGGGCGGCGCCGGCGCCGACGGCCGCUGCGAGGAGCUGUCCGCCGUGGAGACGCGGCGCCGGCUGCGCUCCGAGGUGACGGGCCGCACCGAGAGCGUGGAGCGCGAGGCGCGCCGGCACGGCGUCCGCCGCGUCACGACGCGCGUGCUGCGCCGCACGACGACGCUGAGCCGCGCCGAGGAGCUGUCGAGCGCGGAGCGCAGCCUGCUGAGCAGGGCCGCGCCCGCCGCCGCGCGCGCGCCGCCGCUGCACGCCGCCCCGCACUUUGCCGUCACCCGUCCCCACAAGGUACACCGUGUACUCCAGCACCGCCGCUCCACCUACUCCCUAGUGCGACAAAUGCAGCUUUCGUCUUCGUAUAUAAGAACCGAGAUCGUCCUCCACCGGAAGCUGGGGAGGUCUUUCGCCAGGAGCUGGGGAGGUCUUUCGCCAGGAGCUGGGGAGGUCUUUCGCCAGGAGCUGGGGAGGUCUUUCGCCAGGAGCUGGGGAGGUCUUUUGCCAGGAGCUGGGGAGGUUUCUCUGUGAGAAGCUGGGGAGAUCUUUCUACCAGACUCUGGGACAGUCCUUCACUACAAACUGCGGAUGGCCUCUACCACAAGCUAGGAUUUUCGUAGACCCAUCCACAGCCUCAGCUGGACAGUCGGCCAACAGCCGAUGAAUAUUUGAGAUGUAAUUGAUUACACCUUCAGCCUUA